CGGUGGGACUCAAUGAAGAACACAGGAAGUCUCCAUUGAAUUUCUAAAAAGGGAGAAGUAACGAGUUCCAUCUCCAAAAUACUGGAUAGAUUGUUACUAUUUAUCCGUAGGAUAGUUUCGGUAUAUAUUUAGUUUAGUUUAGUAUUAAUAUUUAGUAGUUAUUACAGUUGUACAGCGGCUCCUCCUUUGGUUAAUUCAAUAAACAAAAAUGCUGAUUAAAGUAAAGACACUCACUGGAAAAGAGAUAGAGAUUGACAUAGAGCCCACAGAUAAGGUGGAGCGGAUUAAAGAAAGGGUGGAGGAGAAAGAGGGGAUCCCUCCGCAGCAACAGAGGCUGAUCUACAGUGGAAAACAGAUGAACGAUGAGAAAACAGCUGCAGACUAUAAAAUCCAGGGAGGCUCUGUUCUUCAUUUGGUUCUUGCCCUGCGAGGAGGUUGUGUGCUCUGCUCUCCUAGGAGCUUCUGAUCUGAGCCUGUGCUGUAGACAUCACUUCAAAACAUGCCUUUGUUUUUGUGGUGCCCACACUGAAGACACAGCUACAGUCACCUGGCAGCACAGAUCCAUAUGAAGAAGCAGUCAGUGUUAUUUAUUUAAGGCUGCCUGUACCUACAGCCGGGAAGAACUGACUGCAGACACUCCCCACACUGUUCUAUUGAGAUACACCACAUGUUAACAAUGACGAUGUUGGAAACAUUAACGUUAACAAAAUGAAACGUUUAUCUAUAGCUUCACAACCUAGGGCUAAUUUGGCUGCUAAACAAAAACUGCUGGUUUGGAAAUGUCACACCUGGCUUUCAUGAAGCCUUUAAGUACAGGUGUUUCUUUUGUUCCACAGACUCACAAUGGGGCAGAGCUACUGUAUGUGUGGUUUAAAGAUGCUGUAAGGGAACUGAUCCUUUUGCUUGUUAGCUUUAUGUUUGUUUUUCUUAUGUUUCCCACAAAUUUUCCCACUCAGAAAGAUACUUUUCUCAUGUUUAGCCUUUGUGUAGCACAGAUACAGUAGAUGUAUAAAACGUGGACAACAAAAUGUUCAAAAAACAAAUUAACAUUCUUGGAAAUAACAACCAUAGUUUGUCUUUUGCAUAUCAAGAAAACCUCCUGCCACUUAUUUUAAAACAUGCAUAGGCUGAGGAUGACAGCAUAAAAGUUGUUUUCUACAAUGUCAAUUCAUUAUUCUGUUAAUGCUGUGAUGCAGGAGUGUGCCAAAUAUGGUCCCCCCGACAAUAGAUUCGUAUCUUUUGUAAACAGGUCUGUUUGUCUGUUCUUUGAAGCCACUCUAGCUUCUAUGACUGCUGCACUUCUGUGACUCCUCUGUUUACAGACAUGUCGUAAAAUAAUCUGUCAGAAGAAUAAACUGCUGAAAAGCCUUUCUCCUGCCAUUUGUCCCCCAAAUGCCCCAUACAGUUGAACAGAGGAGGUGCAAAAAGGAUUGUUCAUGUUAUAUUUAUUUUUUAUUCUCUUCACACGCUCAUCUCCAAUAUACACAUUUACACUUUCUACACAACACUUAGCAAGAUGUCACUCAAAAGGGCUCUCGGUAUGACAGUUCUAUGCAAAAGGCAACUUAAAUUACAGGCCAAUGUGGACACGGAAGCUGUAGAAGAAACAUUCAGGCAGUUUUUUGUGCUGUUUAUAAGAAAAGAUCUACUUAGAUAAUCACACACUUACAACACUCAACACGUCCACCACAGUGAUGUUGCUCGUUUUGGUCUAAAUUGAAGUAAGUGGGGGUUGCAGCUUGUCAGGGAACCUUGAGCAGCAAGAAGGUAAAAAUCAGCACUCUUAUUGUUUCUUUACAUAUAAAACAGUAGGUCACUUUAUGUUGUUGUCUGUACAGCUCAUGAUGAGAAGUUGCAGCAUUUGAUUUGAACGGUCCAAAUCUUUUUCAGGCCUCAUUCAUGUGCAGCAAGGAAGAAAAUCUAAAAUUUAUGACAUUGUGAAUAUAUUUAUGUCAAAACCAAACACAGCAGAAUGUGGAGACAGACGUGGAGCGCUUUUCUACAAAUAAGGCCCUGAAGUACAAAUUAACCAGUGGUUUUUAUUUACUGUGAGACAACAUUCUGACAUCUCUGUUUACUGCACAUACACAAUGACCAAACGCAUUAAGACGUCCAAACACUCUUUUCCCCUUAAAGCAGAACAAGAGCAACUUUUUACAAUACUGGCACAGCUUCAGUGAUGCUUCCAUAGUUAUUUAUUCACCAACUUUCAUUCUCUGUGAGUUACUUUAUUUGGGAUUCCAUAAAACUUAAAGUCUCCUGAGGAAAUGAAAACCUAAAAGCACCCAAACAGACACGGAGCACUGACAGACUGGAUUUCAAAGGCAAAUCAGUCAGAAAUGUUAAGUCUUCAUGGUCUAGAGGUUUUAGGCAGUGUAUCUAAAGAGAAGGCAGUGACGAAGCCCUGAGACACUAACUAGAAAGAAUAAAGACACUGAAGAACAUAGUCUGUGUUUCUGUGUGAAGGAGUGUUGUUACGAUAUGAUGCAGCAUUAGUGUGAAUACAUGAACCAUCACCAGACGCUUCAGACUGGAUUUCCUAGAUUUCUGGCUGGUGCCUGUGCUAAUAUUGCACUAACGUGUCCUUCAGUGAAUUGUCUUAAGCAGAAAUACUUAACGUAAAGCUCAUGUUACUACACAGCUACUUUAGAUGAUACUGUAAGCUACAAAAAUAUGUCUUGAAACACAAUCAGCGCAUUCACGUGUCGGCGUAAAGUUUUGCAUGUAGGCAACGCAGAUGUGGUGAGUCAGCGCUCCUGCUCAUUCUUUCUCAUCUUUUUUAACGGGUCAGUUUGUGUGGGUAGCGUUCACACCAGAACUCGAAGCUCUCUACUUUCUUUUGCUUCCAUAAAAGUAGGUAUUAAUCAUCUGCAACACUGCUGUCAACCAGCUACCAAACCUUUUAACGCCACAAUCACCAACAACACACACGUCACACAUCAGAACAAUAGGCCAUGAAUAUGAAGCCGGAUAGAAAAAAAAAGAAUAUCAACAAAUUUAAAAUUAACAUAAUAAAACUAAAAUAAGAAUACAGUUAAUGAUAUAAACAAUUAUCAUAAUUACAAAAAAGAGAAACAUAUUGGAAUUACAAAACUCUACUUUAGUGUGCUUCACAAUCGACUUGAUCUGAACACGAUUCUGCUUUGACAAAUCAUAAUACAGCUUUGGUGUGUUGAAAAAAACGGCUCAACAAACUAAAGGUGUUUGCGUAGCCGUCGCAGUACAGACUGCUAAAAGUCUUUUGAUAAUAAAAAAACAUUACUAAAAAAUGAUGAUCUUUCCAUAGGAGUGUGCAGGGGGUGAUGAAGAGUGAGAUGAUGAUGACGAUGAUGAUGAUGAAGAAAAAUGAUUAAAGGGUGAAGGAGGCGUAAUGGUGUUAACCGUUCGUUAUUGCACUUUUGAAGGACCCCAGAUAGUAAAGUUUGAGAAACUUGCCACUCUAUACUUGGUGCAGAAAUCAGUGAUGGACAUGAUGCUAAACCCAACUAAACUGUGAAGGAAGAGACGUGGGAAGUGUUGACCAGUGAAUCCAUGAAAAGGGCUGUGUGUGUUUGUUUGUGUGUUGGGAGACGCUUCAGCAGUCCGCUGACUUGUGGUUGUCUCCGUCCUCCUUGGACAGAGGAGACCUGGCCUCCUUCAUCUCCUCCCCUUCCUCUCCGCCUCCGCUGCUGCCUGCGUCGCCCUCUGCUGGAUAAACGACCACGCAGAACUUCUGGCCCAGGUACGUCAUCUUGUC